ACCAAAACACUCUCACGCAAAUAUGGAGCGACCCAAGACCAACGUGUCCGCAGUCAGUCCGGCCAGCGACAAUUCUGCGCACGUCGACGAUGACGCGAGAAGGCUGGCGGAGAUGGGCUAUACCCAGGACAUGCAGCGGAACUUCUCCGUGCUGUCUCUCCUCGGGGUCGCCUUCUCCCUGGCAAACUCGUGGUUCGGUAUCUCCGCGUCCUUGAUCACAGGCAUCAAUUCUGGAGGCACCGUGUUGACUAUCUAUGGCAUCCCGUGGAUCGCUUUCGUUUCGACCUGCGUUGGAGUCAGCCUGUCCGAAUUGGCAUCAGCCAUGCCCAACGCAGGUGGCCAAUACUUCUGGGCCAGUGAACUGGCGCCGAGGAAGUAUGCGUCUUUCGCAUCCUAUCUGACCGGCUGGUUGGCUUGGGCGGGAGCCAUCUUUACCUGCGCCAGUGUUGCUUUAAGCUUGGCCUCUGCUGGUGUUGGCAUGUGGCAGCUAACACAUCCGGACUUUACUCCUCAACCAUGGCAUUCCGUGGUAGCCUACCAGCUAGUCAACUUCUUCUCCUAUCUGUUCAAUUGCGUCGGCAAAGUGCUUCCCACCGUGGCCACCACAACCCUAUACAUCUCCCUCAUCUCGUUCGUUGUCAUCCUGAUUACCGUUCCUGCGGCAGCUCCUACACACGGGUCGGCUGAAUUCGUCUUCGCUCACUUUGUCAACUCGACGGGCUGGCCCUCUGACGGGAUUGCGUUCCUUGUGGGUUUGAUUAAUCCCAACUGGAUCUUCGCUUGUCUUGACUCGGCCACCCAUUUGGCCGAGGAAGUCGGGCAACCUGAACGAAGCAUUCCCAUUGCGAUCCUCUGUACCGUAUUGAUCGGCUUUCUCACUUCGUGGACCUACUGCAUCUCCAUGUUUUUCAGCCUGAACAAUCUCGAUGAGAUUCUCAAUACUCCGACCGGCGUGCCUAUCCUCGCUCUGUAUUACCAAGCCUUGCAGAACAAAGCCGGCGCUAUUGUGCUCGAGACGUUGCUUUUUGUCACUGGUAUCGGAUGCCAGAUUGCCUGUCAUACCUGGCAAUCCCGCCUAUGCUGGUCCUUUGCACGAGACCGGGGCCUACCCAUGUCAUCGUUUCUCGCUCAGGUUCAUCCCACGCUGGAUGUGCCACUAAACGCGCACAGCGUGAGCUGCUUCAUAGUGGGUCUUCUGGGGCUGCUGUACCUUGGAUCGUCGACUGCUUUCAACAGCAUGGUCACUGCGUGCAUUGUGUUACUCUAUACCUCGUACGUGGUGCCGAUUGUCUGCUUGCUGUGGCGUGGUCGGAAUAAUCUCAAACACGGUCCCUUCUGGCUGGGGAGACUCGGCUUGGUGUGUAAUAUUGUGGUUCUAGCAUGGACUUUGUUCUGCCUGGUUAUAUAUUCCUUCCCCUCGGUAUAUCCGGUUACCACGGGCAAUAUGAACUAUGUCUCUGCAGUAUAUGGGGUGGUUGCAGUGCUGAUUGCCCUGGAUUGGGUGUUGCGGGGACGCCGGUCCUUCCGGGGACAGACGGCGCGACACAUGGAGGCGGCGGAGGCGACUCUCACCUAAUAAGCGAAUGAUAACCACUACUAGCUAUAUGUUCACUUCGAUGUAUCUAUUGGCAUCAACAUUCUGCUCAGUAUAGUUCCAAGUCAG